AUGGAAUUUGAGAUUACUAUUGCCAACUGCAUUAGUUGUGACAAACUUGAUAAUGAUGAUAUAGAGAAAAUUUCAACCCUUCUUACUAAAAAACAAAUAUCAGUUGAAGAUCUUAUUGUUUCUUUGGAAGCUGAGCUUGUUUCUCCGAUAGUAUCCCAAAAAAAGAGAGGAAUAGAAAUUAUUGAACAAGUAUUAUGGAACUACCUUCCAAACGAAGAUUUUACUGCAAUACAUAUUAAAUUAAUAUGCUGUUUUGUAUUGAAUUAUAUUUCUGAUUGGGCAUGUGUAGACAGUGUAAUUGGGAUUUUUAAAUGUAUUUUUAGCUCUCAAGAUUUUAAUUUGCUUAAAAAUAUAAAAAUUGAUAUACGUGACGACGAAAAUAUCAAGGAUGAAUACUGUUUUAAUCCAAUAAUCAAGUUAAACAACGAAUUUGAUGCUGAGUCAUCAGAUCUUGGGCCAGGAAAAAUAAUUAAUGAAGGGGGUUACUUUAAAAGCUAUACAGAAAUUUGUUCGUAUCAUAAGUUUAUUAACCAUUUUAACAUUGAGGAUGUACAAAAUGAUGAUGAACUUUAUAAAAUGAGUAUUGUUUUCUAUUUAAUUACUCAGGCUCUUUACAGAAUAUCAACCAGACAGCUAAUUUAUUCUUCUAGAAUAAAGAUCAUUGAUUUUUUUCUUUUUAUUUUUAGCGAAAAAAAAUACUAUAGUGAAUUAAUUAGGCUUGGACCAGGAAUCGUUCCUAUUGUUAUUCAACACAUCGAAAACGAAAAAGAUCCAAGAGUACUUAUUAAGGCAUUUCCAUUAAUCCAAUAUAUGAUUGAAAAUUUUCAAGAAAUUAUUUCUCUAUAUGAUAACCAACAUAUUAAGAAUUCACUUACAGAUUCGCAAAAUAAAUCUAAACAAGAGUAUGAUACUUAUCAGCUUUAUACUGGCCGGAUUCCGAAAUUAUCGGAUGAAGAAAAAAAACGCCUUGAAUUAAUAUAUAGUUCAAAUAAUUUGGAAGAAAAUGAGGAAACUUGCGAAGAGAGUAGUGGUGAUCUAUUUUAUGGAAGUGAUAAUGGAAUUCUUUCUAAUUUAAUUUCUGAAGUGUUAUUUUCCUAUUUCCCACUUCAAUUCCAAUCAUCAUCUAACCAACUACCUCGUACUGGUAUAAUCUCUCCAAAAGAUUUGAAAGAAGCUUAUUUUUCUGUCAUAACUUGUUCAUAUCUUACACAAGAUUCUUUGAUUCAAGCAAUUACUGAAUAUAUUGAUACUCAAGGUUUGUUGGAGAAUAUCAUAAAUUACGAUAAUUCACACUUUGAGGAUGAAAAAGAACUGGAAAAAUACUUGGAUUCUGAUAAAAUAAACAGCGAAAUCUUAAACAAACCAAUCCAUUUAAGACAAGCUGAUCAAGAUAUUCUAAUUGAGUCACUUACUCUCUUAGGCAUGAUAAAAUAUGACUUAAAUCCUGAAAUUAUUAAUAAAUAUAUCUCAAAUGUUUUUCUUUUAAUUAACGAGCUUCUUAAAAAUACUGUUGUUUCCACAGAAGCAACAUACAAAUUAUUAUUAAACAUUUUCUUUAUCUUAAUUAAUAUUGAGCUUAAAUUUAAAAACGGCCAGAAAAUAGUGAAUACAGCAAUUAAUCAAUUUAUUAUCCCAAAGUUAUUACUAAAACUUAAUUCAGAACAACAAUUGGAUUUGUUUGCCUUCAACAUUCUUGAUAUGUUUAUUUUAACAAACAACCAAGCAGUUAUUGAAAAUAUUAAGAAUAAUUUCAUGUUAAUUGAUAUUUUUAAGAAUAACUUUUUGGAAAGAAUUCAUAUUAAUUCCAAACUUCUAAUUACUCUAUACAUACUAACUGAUUACUACAACAAUAAUGAGAACUUUCAAAUAUCAGAUAUCAAUCAAAGUAUUGACGAAGAAAUAACUGAUCAAAAACCUGACUCUAAAGAUUCUAAGGAAACCGAUAAUUAUGAUAUUGAUUGCUUUAAUUUAAGAGUUAAUGUGUUUAUUGAAAAAGUAGAAAGUGAAGAAAAAUUCAAAGAAAAUGUUAACCUGGAAAAUUUAGAAUUACCUAAACUUUGCUUGUUCCUGAUACUUAAGUAUAUUUUAAAUGAUUACAAACAAUUAAUAAAUAAAUUCUUUCAAGCCCUUGACUUUCAUUGGUAUAACUUUAAUCAAAGAACUGAAGUUGAAAAGAAUUACAUAACUGGAAUUAGCGCUUUUUUGUUAACAAAUAACUCAGAAUCUAGAGCACACUGGUUUAGUUAUUUAGAUUCAAAUUAUCCAGUUAUUAGUGAAGAAGACAAUUUUUCAAUAUUUCAAAAUUCGAAUUCAACAAUAGAAAAUUUAAUUUACACUAUAGUAAAGGAGGAGGAAGUUCCUUUAGAUAUGGUAACUAUCUUUAUCAAUAAGAUGAUCAAUAUUUCAAUUUUUGAUUCAAUUUCUGAAAAAAUGUCAUUGGAUAAAUGGUCAUUAGUUAAUUAUAAGUUAUCAAAUGUUAAUAAAAUUUUGAACUCAAAAAAGUGGAAUAACAUUUACUUUGUGAACAAUUUCUCCAUUAAAUGUGAUCAUUGGUUGGGAACUUUAAUUGAUUCAAUUUCCAGUAUUACUGACUACAAGCUAAUUCUUGAAAACAAAAAUCUGUUUUACGAAGUAUCUAAAGGUUUUGGAGUUUUGACAUAUAGAUUGUUCAAACAUGUAUUUGAAUCAAAUAAUCAAAAUGAAGAAAUUAUGGUAUAUAAAGAUGAAAUGUUUGAAGAAAUUAAGUCAAAAUUGGAUAAAACUGUGAAUUGCUGGUUAGUUUUUGUUUUUAUUAAUGAAAUAUUAAUUCAAAUACUAUCUAAUCACGUAAUUAAUGAUUUAUUAUUAAAAAGGCUUACAAGAAUUUUAAGUGAUUGGUUAAAUAAAAAAAUGGAUAAUUAUGAUGCAUGUUCAUUUAAUUCUGAGGAAACUUACAGAUUAAUUAAUUUAGAAGUUGAAAAAUUGGUAAUUAAUUUAUUAGUCCUUACAAAAGAAGGGAAAAACAAAAUAGAUUCACAAAGCAUUGAAAAUAAGGAAAAUAAUAAAUUGUUUAAUUAUAAAGGAAAAAAUAAAAUAAUAUAUAAUAAAACUUUGAGAUAUUAUUUAUUUAAUGAGAUCGGCAAUUUUGAGAAUAAUUAUACUGAAUUAAAAAGGUUAUGUGAUAAAAUUUUACAAGAUUAUUGUGAUUCAAAUAUAAUUAAGAAUGAAAGUAAAAUUGAAAGCUUAUAUUCCGAUUUAUUUUCAAUGAUAUAUGUUACUGGUAGUGAUCUAAAUUUAUUAAAAAACCCAAAUUCAAAUGAUUUUUCAAUAUCAAUUGGAAAAUUUAAAUAUUUCUUUAGUAGAAGUAAUGAAAGUAAUAAUAGGGCUGAGAAUGAAUUCCAAUUAAAUUCAAGUCAAAAUAUUUACAGCAAAAUAAUUUCAAUCAUUAUGAACUGUAAUAAUAACAACACAGGAAAAUACUUAUUCGAAUUGACUAAGCUUAAAAUAGACGACUUCACUUGUGGAGGAAAUAUUCAAAAUUCGUUUUUACAAGUAAACUAUACAAAUAAAGAGAUUAAGUCAACUGAUUUAAGUAAAAAUGCACCAUUGGAUAAUAUCGAGGAGUUAUGGCCGGAAGUCAUACCUCUAACGGAUAAUUGUUACAAUCAAGUAAAUUUAAAUAAUCCAGAUAAUCAAGAAAAGGUAUUAAGAGUCAAUCAGAUAAUAACGGAAUCAUUUGCAGAUAUUUAUCCUUUAAAUCCAUAUAUUGACAGAGAUUCAUAUAAUUACCCUUUGAUACUAGUUCCAGUUAUUUCAAGUAUGAAUAAUUUGAAUAUUAAAAACAUUAUCAAUAGUUUUUCUUCAAAUUCUAUCCAUUUGAUAUUGAUGUUAAGUCUAAUUGAAUGCACAAACUUUGAUAAGUAUGAACCAGUAAAGUUGGAAAAUCCUAAUUUAGUUAAAUAUUUAACAGAACAAACUAAAAAAGAAGAGUCUAUUAUAGAUUUGGAAAAUCAUAUUAAAGAAAUUAAGAAACUUUUAAUGUGUAAAAAGCUUUCAAAAGAAAGUGGAAUUUGGAAUAAAUCAAUGCAUGAAUUACAAAUUCACAAUUUGCAAUCAUUAUCUAUAUUAAUAAGAAUCUUACAUUACUCAAGAGAGAACAAGCUAAUGAUUUACGAAAAGAGAAAUCAAAAUAAGCACUCUCUGGAUUUUGUAUUAGACAACAUUUGCGUAUAUUCUAUUUUGGUAUCAAAUAUAUUGGAAAAUCACCCCAACACUUUGGUUAGAUUUGUAUGCAAUUUAAUAAUUUCUCAAAUAUUCAAGUUCCCAACUGUUUUCAGAACAAAUAUAAAAGACUAUAUCGUGAAGUCAUUAACAAAUUCAUCAAAUAAAGAUAACAACAAAGGUUUAAGAAAAAUGUCGUCUAUUUUAAAAUUAAAAAUUUUAACACUAAAUGAUCAUAUUUACUAG